UUUUGCAUUUCCUCGGCGUUUCUUUCUUCUUCGUCUUUUUUUUCACUCUAUUUGAGCCUCAUGGUUAGGGGUUCACGGCUUUGAGCCUUGGCUGUGUAGGAGCCCUCGGAUGGCUCCAUGGCUUUGCGCUUAUUUUGACGGGUUGGAACACUUUGCAUUGCAUCAUGUUAAUCUGGUUUGGUUUCAAUGCUGGACUGGGAUAGAAUGUUUUCCCGUAGUAUAUUUUUUUUUCCUCACUUGUACAAUCUGCAUGUGUAUUAGAAAGGGCUAUUAUUUCGGUUCCGGAGAGUAUGGUGUGGACAAAUCAUAAACCAAAUCUAUCUAUACGUUUGAUAUGUUCAUUCAUA